CGGCCGGUUUUAUGGUGAUAUCUUCAUUGUUGUCAGAUCUCUUAUUUUUCCAGAAAAAUGAUAUACUACAUAUUUCAACUUUUCAGUACUCGCAACGAUUUUUUGGGAUAGAACAAUCGCACACCUUUCAGAGAACCGGGAUUUUUUGUGUUUUUUUUUUAACAUAAUUAUAUAAUGUUACAUUAUUUGAUUGAUUUGUGAUAAUAUUUUGUUUCAAUAUGAAUUAACAUCAUAAUUAUAUUACAAUGAUUGAAACGUCACUAUUUUUUGCAUACACCCAUGUAAAUACAAAAAACCUUUGGAAAAAAUUAAAAUUGUGUAUUAUUCAAUAUUAAAACUAAUACAAAAGAAAGAAAAUAAAUAUAAGAAACUAUAACAAAACCGUUUAGUAACAUGAAUUACACAAUGCUGUAACAUGUUCUAAACACAAAUAUUUUGCACAUAUUUAGUAGUAAUAUUCAGUUUUCCUAUUUUUCCGCCGAUCACAUACAACACAGCGACCUUGAACUCCGGGAAUUCGGGUUGAUACUUCUGUAAAAAUUGUUUGAAUCAGAUAUAACAAAAAUAUAUGUAUCAUACCCUGGGAAAAUAAUGGGAUUCUUGCAUACGCUUAUAUACAAUUAUUGUCUUCAGUUCGGCUUAGGUCGAAAUCGGUCUAAAUGCUGUUCUCUUUGGAAUUGCGACCCAUGACAGUUAUCGAUAACGACGAAUAGUCCAGGAAAGCAGGUUUUUUAAGAGAGUAUUAUAAAAUAUUUAUUAAGGUAUAUAACCAAGAUAUCAAUUUCCUCUUCUCCGAAUAAUGUUUCGUUAUUUGAACUUGUUAUUUUGGAAUCAAAUAAGCUUCAUGAUCUUUUAUUCUAAGAACGUUCAAAUUAAUACAUAAUUGAGAUUUUAUAGAUUGUAUGAAGUCGUAAAAUAUUAUGUGUAAAUAACAAAAACGUCAAAUGAGAAGUACUUAUUGAAAGAGAAAUCAAAUUAAAGAAAAAUAAUUCUCAUUUCAAUGCCUCACACACGAAAGACUUUUGGGAAUGAGUACCACAAGAAAUUUUUUUUUUUGGGCGAUUUCUGCGACACAAAAAUGUUAUUCCUGCCUCUGGAUCUGCAUUCGAAUGUUGUUCAAAACGAUUUCGCAGCUUUUUACCAAGUAUUGACUACAUUCCCAGUAUUAUGUACGUAGGAAUUGCAUAAUAUAUUUUCUGAUCUUUGCGCAACUAAUGGUUUUACAAAGACCAAGUCCUAGUUCUUGUAAGUAGAUUAGCCUCCGAUUUGUUUCGUUGCUAUUCCAAGUUGGUAUGCUUUCAAUAAACAAUGUGCAGGCAUUCUUGUUAGUCUUUUUGUAGAGUGCUUUCUGACCAUCUGGUCCACCGUAUCGACUCCUCCCUUAGUUUAGUUAUAAAAUAAAUUCACGUCGCUAUUAUUUUUCAACUCAGCAUUGACUUUUGCGUCGGAAUGUUGAGUAGAUGAAAAAAUAAGCGCCUUUUUUGGUUUUUCGCGUUGGAUGUAUGACACUAAUGUAACCUGAUGCAGGAUCAGUAAACGCAAAAACAUUUGAAUGUACUUUUGAGUUUAAUUAAAAAAGUACGACAUUGUACUACAAUACAGUUUAUGUUUACGUGGUAGAAACUGUGUCGACCUAGAAACACAAAAAAUAUUUCAAAGUGUUCUUAAGUGUCAAACCAAAGGAAUUCUCUCUCAUAUUGAUGUUUCCGGUUUACGAUCUAAUCUAAUCUAAAAUUAGUACAUUAUUUAAACUUAUAUUAGAAUAUCAGGACAAUAUUUGAAUUCAAUCUUGGUUUAACUCAUAUAUUGUAAGCCCAUCGCAAUUCGGGAUCUUUCCGUUCUCUUUGUUCUCUAGAAACUUAUAUCGGUAUGGAAAAGGAACUUUCCUUCCUGUAGAAGACCUGAUUAAAUACGCCGAUAACAUUUGGAGAAUAUAUCACUUCGUCUUUUGAAUUCACAGGACUGAGACGACUGGGAUAAAUGCGUUGAAUUCUCAACACAUCUCUCAAUUUAAUACCUAUUGACAUUUUGCAGGAAAAGAUGUAGAAAAGGCGAUUCUCGCUCUAUCUACGUUAUAUAACACACCAAUAAGUUUACUUUGAAAACAUGUUUCCAUACUAAUUUUUAUAAGAAUGGAAAGAGACAACAUUGAUUGCGGUUUUUUCUACAAAUUGAUUUUACUUGUGUAACUGCGACGUAUCUUGUAAAGUGGUGAUACUUGAAAUAUGGCAACACUGAUGUGAAACCUGGUGUUAUACAAGUUGGCAAAUACUUGAAAUAUUCAUCUUGGUCAAUAAAUAAUGGAAAAUCGCUAACAUUUCUGAUGAUUUUCUAUGAUUUUCGAUGAAGAUUAGACCAACAGCACAGUGCCGGUAAAAUCGAUUCGAUUUUCUACACCCCCCCUUGGACAUAUUGUAAUCGGCAAUGAUUUCUAGCUUUCCGGUAUCUUUAUGUUUCUCAGGAACAUGAGAAAGCAGUGGAAUGUUUUCUUUGAAUCCGUAUAAUUUACUACCGACUUCUUUCUUUCGUGAUUCGUGAUUUAGGGUUUGAAUAACUACAACACCUCCCUUAUUCACCAGAUUUGGCUCCGUCCGACUAUCAUAUCUUUCCUCAACUGAAAAAAAAAGUUUAAAAGGUCGUAAGUGUAAUAAAGAGUAAUAAAAUAUUUUGACAUUGAAAUUUUGUUUGUUUCUAGAGUAGGCUAAGAAUUUUUCGAUAUAUCCUCGUAUAUCCAAUUAAUGUCUCAUCGAAUUAACAAGAUAAAAUCUUCGAAACUCAAUCAAAUUCAUGAGACUAUUUUAAAAAACAUAAAACAACUUUUUAGAAAACAAAAAUGAGUUGGUUAAUGAAAUUAGUUUCACUAGAAUAUCUUGGUCAUCAAAGUAAGUGUCUUACACUUUUCCUUAUUGUGUUUUUAGUAUUUUUUUUUUAAAUUAAUACUCCGAUUCAUCUUGGUACCGAACUAUUUUCCCUUUGUGCUUAUCUUCUUCCGAAAUUACACUUAACUUCCCCAAAUUUGCUAUAAUCUUUUCCAAAUAGGUCAAUUCAGUUAUCUUCUUGAUCCCAACAUACCCUAUCUCACGUUGUGGUUAUAUUGCUUCUGUACUUUAUCACUGUAGUUGAGUUUGAAUAGCCAUCAUCAGCAGAUAUAAUCGAAACUAUUAUUCACAUACACUCUUUAUUAACGCGAAGCCACCAUUUCCAAAGCUAGGAACAUAUUCCGAUUAUCCCUUUUUUGGAAAUUGUUAAAAUCUACUUUUUUAAUGAUAAACGAAACAUUUAAUAAAUAAUUCUAAAUAUACAUAAUUCAUGAUAUUUAUAUGAUUAAUUUUAAUCUUGUCGGAAGUACGAUAAUAGCAGUUUCCUUCUUAUAGGUGCGUAUUGCACAUUAGUUUGUUGAAAAUUGAUUCGUUUUAUUCAACGAAUUUCUCAAGUUACCAAGUAGAUAACAUAGUUACUUGUUGUUUAGAAAAAUUCUUAAUUGAUUUCGAGUAUUCUUGAGCUUUCAAACAGAACAAAUUAGUAUUGUCCCUGAGAGUAGCGAGAAGUUUGAGUUCUCUCAUUUUGUUCGGACUUUAUUUUAAUUAAAAAUGUCGUUCUCGUUUCGUGGUUGUUGAUAUCUUUCGAGUGCAAUAUACUGUGUUGAUUGAAGUGAAUGAUUUCGGAAAAUGUGGAUAUUGCAGAUAGUUAAUAGGGCCAGUGAUAUGGAGCUGGUUUUGUACUAGAAAUAUGGAAUUGAAGAUUCCGUCGGGUCCAAUAGUUUUGAUGAAACAUUUGGUUGGAGAGACUAUAGGCAAUCGAACAAUCCAACCGUAAAACCAACCAUAACUUUGAAUAAUGUUUCCCAAUAGAGUAAUUCAUACAAUUUAUCCAGCAGCAAGGCAAAACUGCACCUGUAUCGAUUGAAUGAAAAAAUGAGUGGCCUAAACGACAAUUUCACCUUCUCCAACAUCACGGCUGAAGUGAUAGUGGAAACGACAUGGCUGGAUGACUUGUUAUUGGCUCUAAAAGCAACCAUCAUGGGCUCAAUUAUUAUAGCUUCCAUUUUCGGGAACCUUUUGGUUAUAGUUUCGGUAAUGAGACACCGAAGAUUAAGGAUUAUAACGAAUUACUAUGUGAUUUCAUUAGCUUUAGCAGAUAUGUUGGUAGCCAUGUUCGCGAUGACUUUUAAUGCGAGUGUACAAAUUUACGAUGAAUGGAAAUUCGGAUACUUUAUGUGUGAUGUUUGGAACUCUUUGGAUGUUUACUUUUCUACGUCGUCCAUUCUACAUCUGUGUUGUAUAAGUGUUGAUCGAUAUUAUGCCAUAGUCAAGCCUCUUAAGUAUCCUCUGACAAUGACGAAAAAUGUUGUAGCAUUUAUGAUACUCAAUACUUGGACAAGUCCAGCAAUAAUUAGUUUUUUGCCAAUAUUCAAAGGUUGGUACACCACAUCGGAACAACAAAAAAGGAGAAGUGAAAAUCCUAACAAAUGCGAAUUCAUUGUGAAUAAACCUUACGCAAUAAUUAGCAGUAGUAUAUCUUUUUGGAUACCGUGUACCAUUAUGAUAUUCAUGUACUUGGCCAUAUUUAGAGAAGCGACUAGACAAGAACGGGAGCUUUAUAAUAGACAAGGUGCUGCUCUACUCCUCCAUCAGAACAAUACAAACGGAGACAUGCUUUCCAAUUCCGGUGGGUCAUCAAAGACUCUCACGCAACACGAUAUCAAUCAAGAUUUGCAUCAUACACCCACGAAAGAAAGAAAUGUGUCUAAAAUGAAGCGAGAACACAAGGCGUCUAGAACAUUGGGUAUCAUAAUGGGAACAUUCAUGCUGUGCUGGGCACCGUUUUUUAUUUGGUACGAUACGGUAUACCUCUGCGAUUCAUGUCGCGACAGCUGUCCCGAGGCUGUAGUUACUGUAAUGUUUUGGAUAGGAUAUUUCAACUCGGCUUUAAACCCCAUCAUCUACGCUUAUUUCAACCGCGACUUUCGAGAAGCUUUCAAAAACACUUUACAAUGUGCGUUCUGUAGUCUUUGUAAGAGGCCUCCUUCAGACCUUGAUUAUAUAGAUCCCAGACGACCUUCCAUGAAAAACGACGAUAGAGUGAGAAGCGUUUUUUCCGAUACUUACCUUAAACACGAUAGAAGAGGUUCCGAAAUUGGUUCGACUCUCUGAGUAGAUGUUACUAGCAGCAGACUCACCACCACUAGUUUUUAAAGAGGUGGUGUAUUUGCUGCUAGUGUGAAUUAGGUUAUUACUUGAAUCGUAGAUAAAAGAUGUUACGGAUGCGUCGAAAUUUAAAGGAUUCCUUAUUUACUUUCAAAUUAAAAAUUCAGAUCACAAUGUAGUGAUGUUAUGAAACGUCAACAACUAUUUCUAUAUGGAAACACGUUAUUUGUUGAUAGUUUUUUUAGGACACGAUAAAUCAAAAAAUAAAAACAACACAACAAACACACUUUUCAUUUUAUGUCUUGAAAAAUGUUGUAUAAGAAAAUUAUGCAUAUCGUUGUUUGAAUUAUCAAUUCUGAAGAAGAAAUUGUCGUCAUAAACUUAUUGAUAGCUCGAUGAGCUCUUAACGUAUACUCAUUCAUCAUAUUAAGUUACGUGAGAUGUCGUGGAAUACUGACUUAUCUCUUAAGAUCACCCUGAAGAUGCUAUUAAGAUCAUGACAACAUGACUGCAUAAUAGUAAUUGAUGCGGCCGGGUUGGAUCCUACAUCGACAUGAUAAACUAAUUUUAAGAUGCAUUUUGAGAACAGAUUUGUUUAUAGGAAAAAGAGUGGCGGAAGGCAAACGAAAUUUGAGUUAAGAGUUAGUUUUUUGAUUAUACUUCGAAUGCGGAAACGCUAAGAAAAAAAUUGUUGUCAUAGAAUGAAAGUUCACUAAAUUUCUACCGUACCACCGGUCGUUUUUCCACAAAACGCGAUCGAAAUCAAGUAUGUAAGAUUGUCCCGCCACUGCGGAUUUUCUGUAAUACACUUUUAUUGAGAAUCGUUGUAGAGACAAGGAUCAAAGUCCUUGAGUUUUUUUUACAUUCAAAGGUUUUGGAAAUGCCAACGUUUUUUAUUAGUAUCAACUAAGGACAAGUAUGGGACCGAAGAAGAGAUCUAAAAUAAUUGCAUUCUUGUGUUCUGUUAAUGUUUUGAGAUAUUCUCUACAUGGAAAUGCGAGAUCAUUUUAUGUACUUUCAUACAAUGUCCUUGGAAUUUUAAAGAAAUGUUUCGAAAUAAAUAUUAUGACGAAAAUAUAUGCCUUAGUUUUCUAAAUAUAUAUUCCAAUUACUUUUUUCGUCCAAUAAGACGGUGGUGUUACCAAAAAGCUUAUUGCAAAAUUAAUUUAAGGUCUUGAGAAACACAACGUACCUCAAUAUUUGUCUUUUGGAUUUCUUUUGAUUAAGCUAUUAAAGUUUUUGUUUUCUUGUACUGCAACAAUUGUGAAAUGACGGCAAAAACAAAAUGAAAUCUUUAAAUCGUUUUCGGAGACUAAAGGUAAGUAUUCCUUCAGUUUAUCUUUAGUCUCUGAAGAUGAUAACUUGGUUAUCGAAACUCGCGUCAGACAGUGUAAUUGUGGGCGUUUGUGCAGUGGUAUUGUGAACUUAAAAAGCCAAUUCAAUAACUUUCUAUUCUAUGAGAACAGUUUUUUCCUAAGGUAUUUGAAUUAUAAUGAAAAAAAUCUGAUCGACUAAUUGAGUCGCAAUCUUAUCAAGUUUUUAUGGAGAUCUACACAAUUUUUACGACAAAUUUCCUCGCAUUCAAAAGUGUAGCGUGACUUAUCAUAUAAUAACUUUUUCAAACCAUGGCGAGAAACUACGUUGGAUGGUAGUUUAUUUCGUCUUGUUCUGUUAUUUCUUUGAAUUCUCAAAGCUCAAAUGUUUAAACCAUCAUCUCACUGCCCCUUACUUACUUACUCCCUUUAGAGUACAUGAUUUUCCACUGUGAUCAUUACUCUUACAAAUCCAUCAUUGAUCUUCUUGUGACAAAAGCUGCAUUGGUUUUGGAGAUCAUUUUUUACCAAAGUAUCUCAACAAACAGCUUUUCUGUUUUGUCUAACAUUCACCUGUGAAAAUAUGACGAAUAACGUGUUUUUCCAUGAGGUAUGUCGAGGGAUUUUGAUGAAAAGUAUUGGAGAAGAAACAAAACAAAAUAUAAAAAGCAAUUGCCUCAAUUGGCAUUAAAAGUAAUUGCCUUUUAACAAUGUCUCUUUUGGAGUCGUUGAACGUUUUGGAUAUACCUUGUAUUUAUAUCUAUCAUAUAUUUUUGGUGGAAUUUUGGCCUAAAUGACGAUUGGUUUCAGUUGAAUUAGAGAUUGGAGAUUAGCAUUUAUGCUAGAACUUUAACAAGUAUCAUAUAUUGAUUGACGCCCACCGCAUCUGUACAUUUUUGAAUCUAUGUUUAAUCUAUGGUGCUGUUUUUUUUUUUUAAUUUUUAAUAUUUGAGAUUUUCUCAAACUGUAUAGCCUCUAUUGACAUGUAUAAAGUGUAAGCUGUAAUUUUAUAGUGUUGUACAUAUUUAAAUUGCCAAAAAAUGUAGGAUUAAUUCGAAUUAUUGAAUAAUAUAUGUUUCGAUAUGAAGUGUGAAUAGCAAUUUUAAAAAAGAAAUUAAUGUUAAAUAUAUCUAAUUAUGAGCCACUAUGUUUGUUAUUAUUUAUUAUUUUGUACCUUAUUUGCUGUGAUAUUAGAGAACUAUCAAAAAAAUGUAACGCUAUUUGCACUCUUUACGUAUAAGGUAAUUUUUGUAUUGAAUAAAUUCUCAUUCUAUUUUCAUUGAUGUAAUAAAAAGAAUAAAUAGGCUUUUCAAAAAAAAA